UAUAGUAAGAGACUUGUCAUGCCACGCCGGCACGCCCCACGUGCCUAGCGUGCUAGAAGUCUAGGCACGAGGCACGAGAGGACCGGGCCUGGCACCGCCCAGCUCUACAGUUGGCAUUUGGUUCCAUUUUUGGGCCUCCGACUCGGACAACUCGCACUGUAAUGUUUCAGGAAUCAGGACUGCAGUACCACGAUACAAACAUAACAGUCUCAUAUCUCAAUUCACACAGGUGACGAGUGUAAUCCCUGGCGCCACCGCUGACGUCCGGCCUGGGAACCAUCGAUGCCGACCGCCCGGCCGGCCUGCGGCCAUGCCGACUGGGAUAACCGCUAACGACGUAAACAAAGCUCCAAAUCGACUCAAAUGUCUCACAGGCACGGCACCUACUAGAAGGAACACACGGGAGCCAAGAACACUAACCUCACUGCCCCCCUAUCCUAUCCGGUCGAGCACCACGACGAUCGCCCGGGAAUCGGGAUGGGUAGCCAAGGACAAGCAGCAACCAGCGGCCCCGGGGACGCGGACGACGACAUCGGCCGGAGAACCCACGCGGCGGCGCACUUCGUGUUCGUCCCGCUGAUGGCGCAGGGCCACCUGAUCCCGGCCGUCGACACCGCGCUGCUGCUCGCCACCCACGGCGCCGUCUGCACCAUCGCCGGGACCCGAGCCACGGCCGCGCGGGUGCGCCCGACCGUCGACUCCGCCCGGCAGUCGGGGCUCACGGUCUGGCUCGUCGAGUUCCCGCUCGACUACGCCGAGGCCGGCCUGCCGGAAGGCGUUGACAACGGGGACAACGUCCCGGUGGAGCACAUGCGGAGCUACUUAGACGCCGUGGCGCUCCUCCGCUCGCCGAUCGAGAGCUACCUCCGCGCCCACGCGCCGUACCCGACGUGCGUCGUGUCGGACUUCUGCCACCCGUGGACCACGGUGCUCGCGUCCAACCUCGGGGUCCCGCGGCUCAGCUUCUUCAGCAUGUGCGCCUUCUGCCUCCUGUGCCAGCACAACGUCGAGCGGUUCAACGCGUACGAGGGCGUCGCCGACGACAACGAGCCGGUCGUCGUUCCGGGCCUGGAGAAAACGUUCCUGGUGACGAGAGCGCAGGCCCCGGGCUGCUUCUUCCGGGGGUCGCCGGCGUGGGAGGAGUUCGCGGACUACACCGAGCGCGCGCAGGCCGAGGCCGACGGCGUCAUCAUGAACACCUUCGAGGAGAUGGAGCCGGAGUACGUUGCCGGCUACGCGGCGGCCAAGAAGAUGAAAAUCUGGACCGUCGGGCCGGUGUCACUCUACCACCAGCUCGGCGACGGCGCGACGCUGGCGGCGAGAGGGAACGCCACCGCCAUCGACGCCGACGAGUGCCUCCGGUGGCUCGACGGCAAGGAGCCCGACUCCGUCGUCUACGUCAGCUUCGGGAGCAUCGCGAGGGCGGACGCGAAGCAGGCCAUGGAGCUCGGGCUCGGGCUGGAGGCGUCGGGGCACCCGUUCGUCUGGGUGCUCAGGAACGCCCACGAGUACGACGAGGCGGUGCGCAGCUUCCUGGACGAGCUCGAGGCGCGCGUCGCGGGGCGCGGCCUGCUGAUCCGGGGGUGGGCGCCGCAGGUGCUGAUCCUGUCACACGUCGCCGUGGGCGGCUUCGUGACGCACUGCGGGUGGAACUCGACGCUGGAGGCCGUCGCCGCCGGGCUGCCGGUGGUGACGUGGCCGCACUUCUCGGACCAGUUCCUGAACCAGAAGAUGGCCGUGGAGGUGCUGGACAUCGGCGUCAGCGUCGGGGUCACGGAGCCGCUGAUGUACCGGAAGGAGGUGAAGGAGAUCGGGGUGGGGCGGGGCGUGGUGGAGGAGGGCGUGAGGAGCGUGAUGGGCGGCGGGGUGGAGGCAGAGGAGAGGAGGCGGCGGGCCCGCGCGCUCGCGGCGAAGGCGCGGGCGGCCGUGCAGGAGGGCGGGUCGUCGCACGGGAACCUGCUGGAUUUGGCCAGUCGCUUCAGGGCGGCUUCGUGAUGAAUGCAGCGUGGUGUAGCGGCCGGCAGAUGCACGUCGUUUAUGAGAUGUUAUUGAGCGGGUGCAAAAUCAUGCGAGGGACAUUUCUGUUUAGCGUAGCUGUCCGAGACUUCGUUCAUUCAUAUGACAAUGCUUUUCUUUCUUCCCAAACAGACGCAGACAUGGACCCUCUCGUCACUACGAAGUACUAGACAGAUGCCCGCACCUUAUCCGAGAGUGGUGGCCAUGUAUUGAGAUUGACAAAAUUAUGAUUAAUUUGUGACUGUUUUUUUCUUAAA